AUGCCAGAGCAGCUGGUAAAGGUGCCUCGAAGUGCAUCCCCCGUGGCCAGGGCAGGGGCUGGAGAUAUCUCCGAGCGAGAACUGUCGAGGGAAAGACAUAACUUGCAGACCACACCGCCAGCUCGCUUGCAACCAGCUCAUCCGAAGAAGCAGCUGUUCUCAGCCCCCGUAAACAAGUUCACAGCCAAAUGGCGUGGCCCCAGUCCCCACCUGGCUAGGAUCCGAAGCUGCCUAGAUGCUUACAAUAACCAGGAGACUCCCACGAGAUCCGUCGCCAAAACUAAGGCGGCUUCCAUGGAAGACUUGACGCCUACGAAACGUAUUCGGAUUGACAAGAAGAACUGCCUGCCUGUACUUGCGUCUCCGAGCGUGCAUGGCCCUGCUGAAGAGGUUGCGGCCGCUAAAAUCUGCCAGUUCAUGCUAGUAGCAGCUUGGAGACGGCGGCGCGAAGACGUCAGGUGCCUUCGCAAGACUUUGGAAACACAGGUGUCAUAUUCAGAACGGCUGCGGAUCCAGAUAGCUGCUCUGAAGUCUCUGCUGGACUCCGAUAACUCAAAGGUGAGGAUGGCCAUGCGGGAGCUGGAGCGAUUGAAGCAGCUGCUCAGGGACAAGGAGUUGGAGAAGGCAGUACUGGAACGAGAAAAAUUAGCGUUGGAAGACGAUGUGUGUUCCGCUGAAGACCGCGCUUCGGAAAUGAGCAUUGGAUGGCGGAACUGCCGCAACGAGUUGGACGGGGUGCGGGCGGCGGCCGCCGUCAGCGAGCACGCGCUGGCGCUGGAGCGCGCCGCGCACUGCGACACGCUCGCCUCCAGGGACCAUGCGUACAACAGGACUAGCUGGUUUGCAGAAGUAUUUGGGGAUGACGGUUUCCGUGUACAUCAGUUGGCGGUACUAGAAGAUGACCUGGCUCAGCACGAGGAGUUGCUGGCGUCGGCGGAGGCCGAGGUGGCCGCGCUGCGCCACGAGGCAGACGACAAGCAGAGACAGCUCCAACUCACCAGCGAGAAACUCGCGCAGGAGGAGGAGGCUAGGUUACAAUGUUCCCGCGAGUGCGCGGAGCUGAAGUCGCGCAUGUCUGCGGCGGCCGACGAGACGGACGCGCUGCGCGGGGACCUGCUGAUGCUGCGGGAUGAACUAGAGCGGCUGCAGCGAGACCUCGCCCUCACCAGGGAGCAGCUCGACUGGUGGCCGCGACCUCUCACCAAGAUGCUUGGUGCAGCGCGAUCAUGGUUCCGCAACCCCAAAUCAGUGCCAGAAGCCAUAAUAUGGACCCUUAUACCAGCUCGACAUGGCAUACCAUAG